AUUUUUUUUUCUCCCAACUCUAGUCUGUCACUUGACAAACAGAUCCGGCGCGCAAGUGAAAACUGGAAAUAUUUGGGCUGGCCAAACAGACGAAUGUCAUAAGAGAUAGGCGCGAGGCGCUUGGACGGUCAGUUGAGUUUGGCCGGCCCGGGGGAGCUCGCGGUACCACGGAAAAGAUCGGAAGUCGAGAGGACGGAGCCUAGGACGAGAUCGCCUAAGCGAUGCUUGGGACGGCUCGCGCUAUCAAUAUCGGCUAUUAUCGGCUAUAAUCGCGCAAACGCAGUGACGUGCUUAUUGACUAGACUCGCUUAUAAUUAAGCGGGAGGCUGCCGAUCGAGGAUGAAGGCUCUCCUUAUCGUCGCGUACCUCGCGUCUCUGGCUUUUUGCGAGGAGAGGAGUUGUGGCGGUACUUACCGGGGCUUUCAGUACACGAUCACCAGUCCUAAUUAUCCGCGCAACUAUUCCGACGGGCUCAAUUGCGUUUAUCGCUUUCAAGGCGACACGUGGGGCAAAUGCGAGCAGGAAUUUCAUCUACAGUUCUUGGAUUUCAAUGUGCGGGGCUCGGAUAAUUGCAAGGGGGAUUACUUGCAAGUUGGCGAUCGACACAUUUUUUGCGGCAACGUCGUUGGUUUGCGUAAAUUUAAGGGCACGAAUAAUAGUUUGAGCGUUGUUUUUCACUCCGAUGAUCGUGAUGCCGAUAAAGGUUUCAAGAUACUCGCUACGGCGGUGCCGUGUAAUUUGAAUUUUAAUCACCAUCACUUUUACAGGGGAUUCACAGAGGAGGGUAGAGAUGAUUUUGGUGCCAAUGAUAUGCCUACGAUUACCAACAGCCGUGAAAUUAACGGAGGCCGUAAUAGCUCCGUUACGGGCUUUCGAUCAUCCAAGAAACAGAAUCUAUUAACUGAAUAUCCGCGAAUAAACGACACGUCUAAAUUUAAUAUCAGUGUCAACGUCUCGUCUUCAGCGACACCAUGGUCAUCCAUGGAAAUGGAUACCAAUAAAAAAUCCGCGCGAAUAAAUUCAUAUCUUUUUUUACCGCCGAGAAACAACGAUGGGAGCGUACAGAGUAAUCUUUCAAGUAGCCAAAGUUUUGAUAAUUUAUCGUCGUUACCGAACGAAUUGUCGUUACCUAGUCAAAGUUCAGCGGCAUCAUUUUCGAAUUUGCGAUCUUCCAAUAAUUUAAAUGCUUUGGGAUCGUUAGAUAAAAGCUCGUCUUCAUCGGAACAAGUUCGUAAAGCGAUUGUAAUACCGCAUAGGAAUUACGGUGAGCCAGGUUUAGAAGUCGUUGAUUAUGAUUUGCAAGUGUCGAAUGAUUGUGACAAUCACCAGAACGCCGGCACUUCAAUAAGAAACAAUUAUAAUUCAUUUCAAGAUCAAGGAUCGAUUCGAUCCGUAGCUAAACUUGGAUCAUCAUCGAAUCUCAUUUACGAUCCAAAUAAUGGAUUAGUCGAUUCAAAUAAUAACGAAGGUAUUAAUAAACCGUUGCCAAAUUAUCCCGGUAGGUAUUAUCAAAAUGGUUAUACGAAUAAAUAUUUAACUACUGGAUAUCCAGUAAACAUCAAUAAUCAACUGACGAAUUAUCCUACCGGUAGUCCUCCAAAUUAUCUUGGGGGCGGCUAUAAUAUAAAUCAUGGUUUAUCAAAUUAUCAAAGCGGAGGAUUUAAUCCGAUCGCUGUCAAUUAUCCUGGUUUCAAUUCAAAUAUUGGAAAUAAUUUAGGUUAUAAUGCCGCAUACAAUUCUGCUACGCCCACUUACGGUUCGGCUUACAAUUCCGGCUACAAUUCUGGUUUCACAACUGCUUUUAAUUUCCCAGUUGGUGAUAAUUAUCAUUCGAAUUUCGGUAAUAAUUGGGGCAAUGGAUACGAUGGCCAAGUUCGAGAGUGUUGUAGAAUGCCAUUGAGCAGAAGAUUUUCGCUAUCCAGUCCUGGAUUUCCCGGUGGCGUUUCAACCAGGAAUACAUUUUCUUGCCGAUAUACAAUUACAAAAUCUUCUCCAGAUAUUUGUCGGCUGCGUUUAAAUUUUCGAUUUUUUAACUUUGGCGGAGACGAUCAGUAUUGUAAUUAUGGCUAUGUAGAGAUUGACGGCAGACGUUAUUGUGGCUGUAAAAGUGGUCUGAGUCUUCAAGUAUCCUUUACAGAUUACAUUGCUAAAUCGAUAUUCGUUAUGAAUUCGGGAUAUCCGAGGUCUAAAUUUUCCGGAUUUCUAAUCGAUGUAAUUCAAGAACCUUGCAGACUAUCCGAAUCUAAUCCAUCCUAUCCUUCGUAUCCAUCCUAUCCGUUAUAUCCACAGAAUCCCUCGUAUCCUUAUGAUCCAAGAAAUUCAAAUUAUCCUAAUUAUUCUGGUUUCCUUCAAAGGAAAACGAAUGUCUUGCCAUCGGUGAUAGGGAAACGAAGCUUAAUAAAUUCUCCGAACAGCACGGUUAUUUAUCCUUCAAUGCCUGAUCCCAAUCCACAUAUAAGAAACAAACGUAAUCUAGGAUACUUAUAUUCCCGACCAAGUGUACCCUUUCCAAACAGUGACAUUCAAGGCGUUUCAGCUGCGGUUGGGACGCACGAGAGAUUUUUUGACGGCAGAUGUCAAAAUCGAAUUUUUCUAGAUUGGGUGAUUGCGUCUAAAGAAGCAAUUUUGAAGCACGUAAAAUGUGUUGGAUUUGGCGCUCCAACUAGAAAUUUACGAAUUGCUUAUCCAAUUUCAAGAAAUGGCAGAUCUGUAAGUUCAAUAGCAUCGGAAUGUGAGGAAAUUCAUGAUAAACAAGGAGAAAUAAAGUCGCCGCUAUAUCCAAAUAACUAUCCUAACAAUAUCAAUAAGUGCUAUCGGUUUCAUAAAAUUUCAAAUUUCUGUAAUAUAGAAAUAAACGUACGAGACUUUGACGUAGAACAAAGCGAAGAGUGCGCUAAAGAUUAUUUUUCAAUUAGUAAAGAAGAUACCAAAUACUGUGGAAAUUCCUUAAAGAACUUUAAAACGAUACUUGACUUAACAAAAGUAAAUUUUAUGGAUGUUUACUUUGUCUCCGAUUCUAAUGGAACAGGAAAAGGUUUCAACGUCAGCUUUUCACAACUUUUAUGUGGUGAAUCUUCAAAUUUUUAAAGAAUCUUCAAACAAGUUAUUUUCUGAGAUUUAGGAUAUAAAGGAAAUAAAAGUUGUAUUUAAUAUUUUUGAUACUCUUAUACGAAUAAGUGUACAGUAAAUUUGAAGUAAACAAUAUUUUUUUAAA